GCUAUAGCCUCUUGCAUCGAUAUCCAACUUGAAGAGAAUCUUGAUCGUGGAUAUUCUACAUCUCUUUCGGCACCGUUGCAUACACUAAACUUGUCGCUGCAAAAAGCCAGGUUUCAGCACGGCUUGUCAGACACACCUCAAAAUGACCCCACAAUUACGAACGCCGUUCCAAUCGCUCACAACAGAGAACUUCCCCUCUCGGGUUCUGCGGGGCAAGUCUUCGCCAUCAGCCGGAACGUUGUCUUCAAAUGUCCCACAGCAUUUGAUGAUCCUGUGCCGGAACAAGAGGAAGAAAUGGCAGAAAGCAUCAGCAGGUUAGAAAAUGAGAAGGCGAACUACCAAAUACUCAUGAAAAAUCGGCACCCCAAUAUUGCCACUGCCGUACUAUGCGUCCCUGAAGGCAUCUUCUUGCAUCGUCAGGAAAUGACGCUGGAGUCUCGUAUAAACAAUUCUCCCAAGGCAACCCCGAGUCCAGGCACGCAAGAGCGGUGGAUCCAACAGAUUUACCAGUGCCCUAGCUUGGCAUGAGUAUCUCGGCUAUGCCCAUGGUGAUCUUCGGCCGGCCAACAUAUUUCUCGAUGCAAAGGACGAUGUUAGAAUCGGAGAUUUCGAUGCAACUGUUAAGACCGGCGAACCGCUUCAGGUGGCGAGCGAGCCAUUCUGCAAGCUCGAAGAGGAUUAUGAACUUUCCUUAGCUGGCCCACUCACCGAGCAGUUUUCACUGGCAUCGUGCAUUUACACCAUUCGAUUUGGACACAUACCAUUCCAUGAUAUUGACGCGCCUAUCAGGGUUCGACGCCUUAUGAUGAACCAAUUCCCUUCAACGUCCGAAGAUAUCAUCUUUGGUGAUUUGACGCAUAAAUGCUGGCACGGUUGUUACCCUUCAAUCAGGGCGGUGGAACGCGAUAUCCGCGCUAGAGUAGAAAACCUUACCAGCGCUGAACUACGUUUAGGCGUGGAUGAUGCUCAGCUUGCUAUGCUACGAGCAGGGUGUGAGGAAUUCCUGAAAAAGGAAUCCAGGACA